ACAGUCAUCUGUUAACAACACUGCAAAUGUCACUACUACUCCAGAACCAACAAACACAACACAGUCAUCUGUUAACAACACUGCAAAUGUCACUACUACUCCAGAACCAGCAAACACAACACAGUCAUCUGUUAACAACACUGCAAAUUCCACUACUACUCCAGAACCAACAAACACAACACAGUCAUCAGUUAACAACACUGCAAAUGUCACUACUACUCCAGAACCAGCAAACACAACACAGUCAUCAGCUAACAACACAGCAAAUGCCACUACUACUCCAGAACCAACAAACACAACACAGUCAUCUGUUAACAACACAGCAAAUGUCACUACUACUCCAGAACCAACAACCACAACACAGUCAUCACUUAACAACACUGCAAAUGUCACUACUACUCCAGAACCAACAAACACAACACAGUCAUCUGUUAACAACACUGCAAAUGUCACUACUACUCCAGAACCAACAAACACAACACAGUCACCCCUUAACAACACUGCAAAUGUCACUACUACUCCAGAACCAACCAACACAACACGGUCAUCUGUUAACAACACUGCAAAUUUCACUACUACUCCAGAACCUACAAACACAACACAGUCAUCUGUUAACAACACUGCAAAUUCCACUACUACUCCAGAACCAACAAACACAACACAGUCAUUACUUAACAACACAGCAAAUGCCACUACUACCCCAGAACCAACAAACACAACGCAGUCAUCACUUAACAACACUGCAAAUGUCACUACUACUUCAGAACCAACAAACACAACACAGUCAUCUGUUAACAACACGACACUUACAACAACUACUCCAGAACCUACAAACACAACACUGUCAUCAUUAAAUAGUAGUCCAAAUCCAAACACAACAUCAUUAGUGACUGAGGAUAGAAAUUUAAACAUCACUCCAAACAUAAACACAACAGAGGCAUCCUCCACUACCAGUACAACAGCAAACACUACUCUCAAUGCUUCAACAACAUCUGGGCCCUAUAUUACAACACAACCAAUCACUACAAACAUAACUACUACUCCAUACCCUUUAGACACAACACAGUCAUUAGGUAACAUCACAACAAAUACAAUGACUACCCCAUAUUCUUCAAACACAACAAUGUCAUCAAGUAACAGCACAACAAAUCCGAUGACUACUUUAAGCUCUUUAAACACAACAUCAUCAAGUAACAGCACAACAAAUCCAAUGACUACUUUAAGCUCUUCAAACACAACAACCUCAUCAAGUAACAGCACAACAAAUGCAAUAACUAGUCCAGCUUCUACAACCCCUACACAGACACCAUUAAGUAGCAGCACAACACAGAACUUUAACACAACAGUACCAAGCACUAUCUCUACAACAACAACACCACAAAGUACCAUUGCACCGACGAGAAAUAAUACCAUCUCCACCACCUCCAUCACCCCUAGCCGGAGCACUAGUGGAACAAGUACAACAGUGACCACGACAACAGAGGAUCCUCAGUCUGUGGUGAAUCAGCUUCUGGACCAGUCCAGUGACUUUAACAGCAUGAACUCUUCUCAAGUACAGAAUUUGGUCAACAAACUAGAAGAUGUUUUAUCGGCACCAAACAUCAGCUCGCUUGUGGGGGAGGGUGCUAUCUCUGUUAUAAACAAACUCCUUGAUGCUCCUCAAAGCACUGUAGCCUCCUCAUCCAACCGCUUGAUCAAAGUUGUAGAUGCUCUGGCGAUGAAAUUGGUCCUUUCGGACUCGUCAGUAAAGAUAACACGUUCAUCCCUUGCGAUGGAGGUUGUAAAAAUUGAUGGAACCAACUUUCCAGGAAUGUCAUUCUCCAUGAAUGACCCAUCAGACAUAGCGGUGAAGAACAGAAAAAGGAGGUCUGUAGCUAGUCCCGUGGGUUCCAUCACACUCCCGGCCUCUCUGACAAACGGCCUCACGCCAGAGCAAAAGAAACAGGCGUCCCGGCUUCAGUUCACAUUCUUCCAAAAGACCACCCUGUUUGAGGACAAAUACAAUAAUAAGACCUUAAACAGCCUCGUUCUGGGGAUGAGCGUGGCCAACCAGUCCAUCAGAGACCUGAGUGAUCAUGUGCAGAUCUCUCUAAAGAACACAAAUACUCAAAAGGGAAACCGGACUUGUGUUUUUUGGGACUUUAACAAAAAUGGUGGAGCAGGAGGUUGGAACACUAGCGGCUGUUCUCUUGUGAACAGCACAGAUACCGAUACGACGUGUAGCUGCAACCACUUGACCAGCUUUGCUGUGCUACUGGACCUCUCCAGAGACACCAAUAUUGAUCAAGUGCAGAGCACCAUCCUCACCUUCAUUAGUUUUAUUGGAUGUGGAAUUUCCUCCAUCUUCCUUGCUAUCACACUUCUCACCUACCUGGGCUUUGACAAACUUCGCAGAGACAUUCCCUCCAAGAUCCUCAUCCACCUGUGUUUUGCCCUUUUCCUACUCAACAUGACCUUCCUGCUCGACUCUUGGCUGGCGCUCUACAAGGACGCCGUCGGCCUCUGCAUCUCCACAGCCUUUUUCCUGCACUACUUCUUGCUCGCCUCCUUCACGUGGAUGGGUCUGGAGGCUUUGCAUCUCUACCUGAGUGUCGUCAAAGUCUUCAGAAACUUUGUAUCACAUUACAUGCUGAAGUUCUCCCUAGCAGGAUGGGGGAUACCAUUAAUCGUGGUUAUCAUUGUGAUUUCGGUGGACAAAAAUAACUACGGCCUUGUUCAGUAUGCAAAAUACGCCAAUGCAACUACGGACGAUUUCUGUUGGUUUAAGAAUAACAUAGCCUACUACGUGUCAGUUGUGGCCUACUUCUGUGCGAUCUUCGUGGUCAACAUGAUCAUGUUUGUGGUGGUCAUGGUUCAGCUGAGACGCAUCAAACGUCAAAAUCCCCAUAACAGCAAAUACCGAAAUGGACUUCAGGAUCUCCGUAGCGUUGCUGGUCUGGUCGUCCUACUUGGCCUCACCUGGGGAUUUGCUUUUUUUGCUUGGGGCCCUCUCAACUUACCAUUCAUGUAUCUCUUCAGCAUCUUCAACUCCUUCCAAGGUCUUUUCAUCUUCGUGUUUCACUGUGCGAUAAAGCAGAGUGUCCAGAGACAAUGGCGGAUAUACCUCUGUUGUGGCAAAUUCCGAAUAGGCGAAAAUUCAGAUUGGAGCCGGGUAGCUCAAAACAAAAGUAAGGUCUCAGUUACAACAACCCACCUGUCUAUAUCCUCCAACAAUUCAACUCCUUCAAGAACCUCCUCAAUGAGCGGUGGUAGCUUAGAAGUACCAUCAUCCUUUAGAGGCUCACCGGGGAACGACAGCGGAUUGGGGUCUUUCGAGGAGUCCAACAACCUCAUGCAUCGCCGCUCCGUACGCUGACGUGAGUGACGUGUGCUCAUAGGAUUCCCACGCAAUCUGUGAACAAAGUCACCUUUUUUGCACUACAGUCACUCUGAACAGGGACGAACUGUGAAUUCUUGAUUGACUCAGGGAUUCUGGGAAAUCUUUUCUAGUUUUGUUCCCUAAUCCUAACAGAGCUUCUGGAUGGGCUGCGACCCUGAGCAAAAUAAAACGGAUAAUAAAGGUUAGAUUAAAUGUGAAACAGAGAAAUAGUAGUCUGUCGAAGCUGAGAUGCAUUUCAUAUGCUUACAGAGGGUGACAAAGCUUGAGGAUGGAGACAGGUUUACAAUUAGGCAAAUAUAUUAAUCUAAUGAACAUCAGUUUAUGGUCAAGAAUUUAAUGUUUUUUGUUUGUUUGUUUUUUGUUUGUUUGUUUUUUGCCAGAGGCUCUGUUUCAAGAAGGAAAUAAAUUUUUUAGAUGAACAAAAACUGAGAAAAAUACUUGAAAAAAACUAAACUAUAUAAAAAAAACUCCUCUGUAUAUAAAGAAUGUAGACAAAAGAACAGAAAGCAGUAUUAUACACGACCUAUCCAUUAAGCUUCAUAUUUCACAUACUGAUAUUAUUUAAUGCUUUUAUACCAUUUUGAAAUUGAUGAAUGUACAAAGACACCGUAGAUGUCUAUAUUUAUACAAACAAAAAUAAGUCUGUAAACUUUAAACAGAGAGGUUCGUUUCUCUAUGAAUUUAUUAUUUAAUCACUUUAUUGAAGGUACUAUAUGUCUUCAAAAAAAAUUCUAUCUCUAAAAGUUUUCUCAUCGAUAAUCGUAUUCCCACAUGACACCCAGCGUUCCCUGGACGUUCUUCGUACCCUCCCUGACCCGGACCGAGAUAAAGCAUUCGUAAAAGAUGAAGGAAAGUAAUUUAGAGGACUCGUGUUUAAAUUACCAGCACUCAAGUUUAUCUGAUUCUGUCUUAUCAUGGGGUACUGCUGCACUUUAAAACGCUAUGAUUUUUCAUGUUUAACAUUAUUUAUUUUUCAAAAAUGGAAGAAAAUGUGUACGUUUUGGUCCUGAAUUUCCUAUUCUUCUAGAAAAUAUUAUAUUAAAAAAUUUAUUUCUGGGAGAAAUUAUACAGUUCUUAAACUUGCCUGUUCUUACAGGUUAUUUUUAACUAUAACCUGUUUUAAAU